AGCAUUACAAACACCCACCCCUCUUUCCAGUCAGGUUAAAUACUAAAACUUGAGCGUAUACAGAAAUCCUCAACAGUUUCAGCCUUUGAGACAAGAUCAGACAGAAGACCAAGUGACACUGCAAUGAAAAGAGACUCUGCCAAAGCAGGCCUCCCCAACGGCAUCAGCCAUGUUAAAGACAUGCUGCCGCCCUCGGAGGAGAAGAUGGAGGAGCGGGGCCAGUGGAGCAACAAGUUGGAGUUCAUCCUGUCGGUCGCUGGCUCCAUCAUCGGCCUUGGCAACAUGUGGCGCUUCCCUUACCUCUGCUACAAGAACGGAGGAGGUGCGUUCCUCAUCCCAUACCUGAUCUUCCUGUUCACCUGUGGCGUUCCCGUCUUCUUCCUGGAGACAGCGCUGGGUCAGUUCACCAGCGAGGGAGGAAUCACCUGCUGGAGGAAAAUCAGCCCCUUGUUUGAAGGUCUUGGCUACGGCACCCAGGUGAUCGUGACUCUGUUGAACUUCUACUACAUCAUCGUUCUGGCCUGGGGGAUUUUCUACUUGUCUUUCUCCUUUUCUUGGGAUCUGGCCUGGUCUUCCUGCAACAACACGUGGAACACAGAAAACUGCGUGGAGUUCCAGAGAAGAAACACCUCCAUCAACCACACAAUCAACCUCAACACCACCUCUCCUGUCAUGGAGUUCUGGGAGAGGAGAGCACUGAGGAUUUCCCCGGGCAUCGACCACAUGGGCUCUCUGAACUGGGACCUGGCCUUGUGUCUGCUCAUCGCCUGGGUCAUGUGCUACUUCUGCAUCUGGAAGGGUGUGAAAUCCACAGGAAAGGUGGUCUACUUCACGGCGACCUUCCCCUAUGUGAUGCUGAUCGUGCUGUUGAUCAGAGGACUCACCCUGCCUGGUGCUGGAAUCGGCAUCCAGUUCUACCUUUACCCCGACUUAGGCCGACUCUCAGACCCGCAGGUGUGGAUGGACGCUGGCACCCAGAUCUUCUUCUCUUACGCCAUCUGUCUGGGCUCUCUGACUGCUCUGGGCAGCUACAACAAAUACAACAAUAACUGCUACAGAGACUGUUUGUCUCUAUGCUUCCUGAACAGCGGCACCAGUUUUGUUGCAGGCUUUGCGAUCUUCUCCAUCCUCGGUUUCAUGUCCUAUGAACAGAAUGUUCCCAUCUCAGAAGUGGCAGAAUCUGGUCCUGGACUGGCCUUCAUUGCUUACCCUCGUGCUGUGUCCAUGAUGCCUUUCUCUCCUCUGUGGGCCGCCCUCUUCUUCAUCAUGAUUGUUUUUCUGGGGCUGGACAGCCAGUUUGUGUGUGUUGAGAGCCUUGUGACAGCGAUCGUCGACAUGUAUCCUGCUGUGUUCCGACGUAAGAACCGCAGGGAGCUCUUCCUGUUGGUCGUGGUCCUCUUCUCCUUCUUCAUGGGCCUCAUCAUGCUGAUGGAGGGCGGCAUGUACGUCUUCCAGCUCUUUGAUUAUUAUGCAGCCAGCGGCAUGUGUCUCCUCUUCAUGGCCAUCUUUGAGACUGUCUGCAUUGCCUGGGUCUACGGUGCGGAUCGUUUCUAUGACAACAUCGAGGACAUGAUCGGGUACCGCCCCGGACCUUACAUCAAAUACUGCUGGUUGUUCUUCACUCCAGCCACCUGCAUUGGUACCUUCGCCUUCUCCCUCAUUAAAUACACGCCUCUGAAGUACAACAAUGAGUACGUUUAUCCGUGGUGGGGUUAUGUGAUUGGCUGGCUGCUCGCUCUUUCCUCGAUGGUCUGCAUCCCACUUUGGAUGGCGUACAAGAUCAGCACCACUCAGGGAACACUCAGAGAGCGCAUCCAGUUGCUCAUCACACCAUCUGAUGAUUUACCCAAAACCAAGAGGGAGCAGGAGAGGUUACUGGCCAUUUUCGCUCCCGAGACAGACGCCGCCAAAUCCACAAACGGCUACUUCCCCGUCUCGGAGACAGACUCCAACUUGUGAGGCCUCGGCGGUGAUUUCAUCUUUGACUCGCUGCACCCUUAAAAGGAAUCUGGAUGUGGAGAAAAAAAACACAUGGAAGUGCCACAUUAUACACUUUAAUACACAGCAGAUACGGAGGACUCAGGAGAUAUUAGAGCUACAGUGUGCUGGGUUUGGCCUUUUUGUACAUUAAGCCAAAAUAAAUUCUAAAGCAGUUGCCAUUUAUUGAAUUACUUAGAGUGGACAAGGGCAUUUUUCAGGGACAAAAGUAAUUGGCAUAUACUGUAUAUAGGAUGAUGUUUGUAUGUAACACAAAUAUAGCAAAAAUCAGUGAUAAAGGAAUAGCUUAACCAUUGGAUGCUAGUAAAAGGUGGGAUAAAUACAGAUACAGCAACUUCUUGAAGUUUCUUUAUGCAUGUGAACCCACUUCACGGCUGUUAAGUCAUAUUUGUAUCAUACUGUUGUACUGUGAUGAAUGAUUGAGGAGAUUUUCCUGUUGUAUUUACAGGAAAUGAGAUAAAUGUGUAAUGCUAGGUCCAUAAACACAUGGAUAUAUAGAAUAGGAUUUUACUGCAGUAGCUAUAGGACUAACUGUAGUUGCAUUUUUGUACUGUAACAUACUAUGACUGUACAAAGAAAUGUGAAUCUUGUAAGUAUGGUUUUAAAUAAAGAUUGUAUGUUGUCUUGAA